CCGUGCCGCGCGUCCUUAUCAAUGGGCUGGGCUGCUUAGCUCGCCGCCACCUCUUCCGAGGACGAGCAGUCCUGGGGCUCGCCGCGGGCUGAGUGGCCCACAGCCAUGGCUCCUCCGGACGCGGCGGCCGGCCGGGGCCCCCGCGGAGGGCGCUGAGCUCCCGGGCCAGGUGUGCGCACAGGGCGGGCGGCCGUCGAGGCGCUCUCCCCACCGCGCCGCCCCGCAGGGGAGCGCGCCGGGCACCAUGAGUCCCCGCUUGCUGCUGUGGCCGCGGCCGCUCCUGCUGCUGCUGCUCGCCUGCGCUGCUCACACGGUGGGCACUCUCCCCGGACUGUGUGAUGUGCUGCGGGUGCUGCGGGAGGAACGGGACCAAUGCCUACAGGAACUCUCCAAAGAGAAGCCAGGAGACCUGGGCACGGAGCAGCCAGCCCCAGGUUGUGAGGGGCUGUGGGACAACAUGAGCUGCUGGCCCUCCUCCGCGCUGGGACGGACUGUGGAAGUGGGGUGCCCCCCAUUCCUCCGAAUGCUCACUGGCAGAAAUGGUUCCAUGUUUCGAAACUGCACACAGGACGGCUGGUCGGAAACCUUCCCCAGGCCUGACCUGGCCUGCGGGCUUAACGUGAACGACUCGUCCAAUGAGAAGCGGCACGAGUACCUGAUGAAGCUGAAGGUCAUGUACACCGUGGGUUAUAGCUCCUCCCUGGUGAUGCUCCUGGUCGCCCUCAGCAUCCUCUGUGCUUUCCGGAGGCUUCACUGCACCCGCAACUACAUCCACAUGCACCUUUUUGUGUCCUUCAUCCUGCGUGCCCUGUCCAACUUCAUCAAGGACGCCGUGCUCUUCUCCUCGGACGAUGUCGCUCACUGUGAUGCCCACAGGGUGGGCUGUAAGCUGGUCAUGGCUUUCUUCCAGUACUGCAUCAUGGCCAACUACGCCUGGCUGCUGGUGGAAGGCCUCUACCUUCACACGCUCCUGGUCAUCUCCUUCUUCUCAGAGAGGAAGUGCCUCCGGGGAUUUGUUGCCCUCGGAUGGGGUUCCCCGGCCAUUUUUGUUGCUUCGUGGGCUAUCAGUAGGCACUUUCUGGAAGAUGUCGGGUGCUGGGACAUCAACGCCAACGCAUCCAUCUGGUGGGUCAUUCGGGGGCCCGUGAUCCUCUCCAUCCUGAUUAACUUCAUCCUUUUUAUAAACAUUCUAAGAAUCCUGAUGAGAAAACUUAGAACCCAAGAAACAAGAGGAAAUGAAGUGAGCCAUUAUAAGCGCCUGGCCAAGUCCACCCUCCUGCUGAUCCCCCUCUUUGGAGUCCACUACAUCAUCUUCGCCUUCUCCCCAGAGGACGCCAUUGAGGUCCAGUGGUUCUUUGAAUUGGCCCUUGGCUCGUUCCAGGGCCUGGUGGUGGCGGUCCUCUACUGCUUCCUCAAUGGGGAGGUGCAGCUGGAGGUUCAGAAGAAGUGGCGGCAGUGGCACCUCCGUGAGUCCCUACUGCGCCCCGUGGCCCUCAGCUCCUCCUUCAGCAACGGCACCAGCGGUCUUGCCCACAGCACCAAGGCCAGCACCUCGGAGCAGAACGGGGCCACCUGCAGGGCCAGUGUCAUCUGAGAGUCUGGAGCAGGGCCACCCAUGGGACAGACACCGAGACGGGUCAUGAGAAGGCCAGACACUGCUGCGGGACAGCCCCGGACCCGUCUUCUCAGCAGACAUCAUCUGCUUCCUCCUGUGACCAACAACCCCCCUCCUCUGAGCCUUGGGAUGGGGAGGGGGCUCUGGUGAGAGGUUCCUCAGAACUGAAAAUAAUGGGGGGACCAUGGGGCAGGAAGAGGGCCUGGGUCAGGGGCUCCAGAAGAGGACAGGGAAGUAAAUGGCAGCUGGGAUGGGUUUGGUCUAUAACUACCCACUCGUUUUGGCCCUCGAGACAUAAGGUGAAGGAGGACCGCUCCCUCUCACUUCCCUACCCCUUCCUGGAGUUUCCAGGGUUAAGUUUGAAGCCCCUGAAACAGGAGAAAUGGAGACCCUUGGCCGUGGGUGGACCCUCCCUAUGCCUCACUACAACUCACCUGCCCGGCAGAUCUGACCCUACAGCUUCAAGACGACUGAAUUCAUCUGACCAAGUCAGUGAGGCCAAGAGAACCCCAAGACCCCCAGCUUCCUUAGUAACCCUAGCGUGGCACAAGGCACCCCUCUGUUCCUCCUGCUUGCAGUUAUCUACAGCCCUGGGGGCACAGCAGCUGGGAAUGGGGCAUAGAUUCCGUGGGACAGAAAAGAGAAACAGGUUAACCAAGGUGCCACGACUUGCCCAAGAUACUCUGCAAGAAGGGGCAUGAGUUCAGUCCAAAGCUUUUGGUUUCAAAUCCCCAUGCUCUAAGGCUGCAUCUGUUUCUUCACUCCUGGGCACCGGACAGGGGCCUGUCUCCCCUUUAUUCUCUGGAUCUCAGUUCCCUUGACCGUAAGCACUCCCUCACCACCAGCCAUGUGAGGAUUAAAGUGAACUGAACAUUUGAACCCUUUUAUAAAAUGAAGCCUACCAGUGUUUUCGGUGGUGGGGGGGAAGCAUUCUGGACAGAAGCCACAACAUAGAGGAGAAGGCAUCUUGCUGGUGGGUGACCCUGGACAAGUGCUGCCCCCCUCUGGGCCCUGGCUUCCCACCUCUGCACCUCCCCACUGCAGAGACAAGGUCACACCCCUUUGUGCCAGGUGAAUGGCUCCUGGAAUGAAAGGUCAGGUGCCUAUUUCCCAGGGCUGAGAACCCAGCCCGUCUGGUUGAUGAGCUCUGUUCUCUGAAAAACAGGUUGGCCCAUGACACCUUUCUUCAGUGAUCUCCAUGGACUCCAUAUACAUUUUGGAGUCCAAGUUUUUUAAAAACCCACGAGAGAGAGAGAGAAGCACCCAGCCCAGCCCAGAAAGGGGAGCCUGCGGUGACCAGGGCGGGGCAGAGACCAAAAACCCACACCAGAAGCAGCUAGAGUGGAGCCGGUGGAGAGGGAAGGGGUUAGUGUGGAAUGAAAUGGCUUGAGGGCAAAUCCCCCAGCUCUGGGGCAGAAAAGACACUGGGAAGGGGGCAACUGGUUCCCCAGAAAUGCACAUCUGCUGGCAAGGAUGGAAAUCUCCACUGGUUCCUGGUCCCCUUCACCUGCACUCAUCCCCAGGAUGGCUGUUAAUCAUUACUCAAGGCCUGGCAAGGCCCCUUGACCCCCCUGGAGUUGCGCAGGUCCAGAUAUGCACUCUUUGGAAAUGUGCUCUAGAAUCAAAAGUGGUACCCGAGGCCGUCUUGACCCUUAUCAAAGCCGGACGUGCGCGCGCACACACACGCUCGCCUCGGGAGGACUGUGUAUUCGGCUGGAGGGCUGUCCUGAGAAGCUUGCUGGAAGGGUUCAGGCAGGAUUCCCAGACAGGACAGCCGGCUGCAGGAAGUUGCAGUUAUUCAAGAAUUAUGUACCACCCCCCCAACACACACCAAAGGGCAGGGUUCAAAUCGAGUCAAAUGUUUUGAAAACCUAGCAUGUGGAAGAAAUCGAGGGAAUCCUGAAUUCUGCCUCCCUAGCAUGACUGAAGCUAUAGCAGGGAAAUGUGCCCAUAAAGGCCCUUUGAGCUGGUGGAAGAAAAGUCCGAGGCACUGACUGGAUAUGCUUUGCUGGAGGAAUGAUCCACUCUGGGCAAUCCCAGGAGACCCCAGGGGCCCCAGA